AAAAGGCAGCUCUAGAAACAGUGAAACUAAUGGAUACGCAGCAACGAUUGUUGACUAAAGCAGAAGAGAUCGGGCCUGGUCAUAUCCAGCUGUCUGUCCAUGACCAGUAAAGUUUCUUUACUAAUAGUUAAAGAUGAAUUAUUCAAAUCCUGUCCAACCUGAUGGAAAAAGGAGUGAUCCAGUAUCCAGCUCUGUGUCCAUGAAGAAUGAUGACUCCUCUAUGCUUUUACGAUCGAUGUUUACAGAGCUGAAAGAAUCCUUACCUGGAUACAGUGAAACCCAAGUGAAGAGCUCAGACUUCCCAGUAUCCAGCUGUGUCUCCAUGAAGAAUGAUGACUCCUCUAUGUUUUUACCACUGAGUUUUAAAAAGCAAAUUGAAUCCUCAACUGAAUACAGUGGCCAGUCGAGAUGUAAACGUUCGACUCUCCUAGUUACCACUUCGAGUAGCUCCUCGUACGCUUGCUCAUCACGAGAGGAGCAUUCUGAGGUGGCAAUCUCCAUCUCACUGGAAACAAGAGAAAAGGUCUCCUGCGCCCGAUCAGAAGAAGCACCAAGGUGUGAAGCUGUAACCAUUGAAACUCGUCUUCAGGAGAAAUGCAAACUAACACUGAUGAAGAAGUUUCAGCAUGUACAUGAGGUGAUAACAUACCAGGGAAACCCAACACUUCUCAAUGAGAUCUACACAGAGCUCUACAUCACAGAAGGAGACAGUGGAAAAGUCAACAGUGAACAUGAGGUGAGACAGAUCGAGGCAGCAUCCAGAAGAGCAGCAACAGAGGAAACACCAGUCAAUUACAGUGAAAUCUUUAAGCUCUUAUCUGAAGAAGACAAACCCAUUAGGAUCGUUCUGACAAAGGGAGUCGCUGGCAUUGGAAAAACAGUCUCUGUACAGAAAUUCAUUCUAGACUGGGCUGAAGGAAAAACAAAUCAGGAUGUUCAUCUCAUAUUUCCACUUCCUUUCAGAGAGCUUAAUCUGAUGAAGGACCAAAGCCUGAGUCUGAUGGAGCUCAUUAAUUUAUUUUUAAAGGAGAUAAAAGAAACAAACAUUUCCAGCUUGGACAAAGUUCUGUUUAUUUUUGAUGGUUUGGAUGAGUGUCGUUUCCCUCUGGAUUUUCAGAACACAGAUAGAUUGUGUGAUGUAACUGAAUCAGCAUCAGUGCCUGUGCUACUGAUAAACCUAAUCAAAGGGAAUCUGCUUCCCUCUGCUCUCAUCUGGAUAACCUCCAGACCAGCAGCAGCUGAUCAAAUCCCCUCUGAGUGUGUCGACCGAGUCACAGAAGUACGAGGGUUUAAUGACCCACAGAAGGAGGAAUAUUUCAGGAAGAGGAUCAGUGAUCAAAGCCUGAACGACAGAAUCAUCACACACCUGAAGUCAUUAAGAAGCCUGUACAUCAUGUGCCACAUCCCGGUCUUCUGCUGGAUUUCCGCCACUGUUCUAGAGAGAAUGUUGGGUGAAGCAGAGAGUGGAGAGAUCCCCAAGACACUGACGCAAAUGUACACACACUUCCUCAUCAUUCAGACAAACAUCAUAAAGAAAAAGUACACAAAGAGCAGAGAGGCAGAUAAAGAAAUGGUUCUGAAACUGAGUAAACUGGCUUUUCAGCAGCUAAUUAAAGGCAACUUAAUAUUCUAUGAGGAGGACCUGAUGGAGUGUGGCAUUGAUGUGACAGAAGCAUCAGUGUAUUCAGGAGUGUGUACACAGAUCUUCAGAGAGGAGUGUGAGCUUCACCAGAGUAAAGUGUACUGCUUUGCUCAUCUGAGCAUUCAGGAACAUCUCGCAGCUCUGUAUGUGCAUCUGAUCUUUAUAAAUGAAAAGAGAAAUAUUUUUCAACCGAAUGUGGUACGUAAAUUUUUGGCAUUGCUAAGACAAAUUACAAUGUCAGAUGUACACAAGAGUGCUGUAGAUCGGGCUUUACAGAAUGAAAAUGGACAUUUAGAUAUUUUCCUUCGCUUUCUUCUGGGUCUCUCAUUGAAGUCCAAUCAGAUUCUCUUAAAAACCAUUCUGAGACACAAACAAAUUAGCUCCCACAGUAACCAAGAAACAGUUGAUUACAUCAAGGAAAAGAUUAGAGAGAAUCCCUCAACAGAGAAAUCCAUCAAUCUGUUCCACUGUCUAAAUGAGCUGGAGGAUAAUUCUCUAGUUGAGGAAAUCCAACACUACCUGCAAUCUGGAAAUUUACAACAAAGCAAACUUUCUUCUUCUCAGUGGUCAGCUUUGGUGUUUGUGUUAAUGACAUCAGCACAGGAAAAGGAUGUGUUUAUCCUUAAUAAAUACAUAAACAAACACUGUACAUCAGAUGAAGUUCUCCUAAAACUCCUGCCUGUGGUUGCAGCAUCCAGAAAAGCUGAUUUUAAUAAAUGUGAGCUGAAAGAGAAAGGUUUUGCAGCUCUUGCAUCAGUGCUCAGCUCUGAAUCCUCCAGUGUAAGAGAAUUGGAUCUGACUGGGAAUGAUCUUACAGACUCAGGAGUGAAGAGUCUCUCUGCUGUUCUGGAGAAUCCUCACUGUAAACUGGCGACGCUGGGGUUGUGUAAGUGUGAUAUCUCAGAUGAAGGCUGCGCUGCACUGACUUCAGCUCUAAGAUCAAACCAUUCAUACCUGAGAGAACUGAAUCUGUCUGGGAAUAAACUCAGAGACUCAGGAGUUAAGCAUCUCUCUGUGGUAUUGGAGAGUCCUCACUGUAAACUGGAGACACUAGGGUUGUGUGAGUGUGCGAUCACAGAUGAAGGCUGUGCUGCUCUGACUUCAGCUUUAAGAUCAAACCCCUUACACUUGAGAGAACUGGAUCUGUCUAUGAAUAAUCUAGGUGACUUAGGAGUGAAAUGCCUUUUUGCUGUACUGGAGAAUUCUGACUGUAAACUGCAGACGCUGUGGUUGCGUGAUUGUGAGAUCUCAGAUGAAGGCUGUGCUGCUCUGACUUCAGCACUGAGAUCAAACCCCUCACACCUGAGAGAACUGGAUCUGUCUGUGAAUAAACUCGGAGACUCAGGAGUGAAGAGUCUCUCUGCUGUACUGGAGAAUCCUCACUGUAAACUGCAGACACUGAGGUUGUGUGAUUGUGGUGUGUCAGAUGAAGGCUGUGCUGCUCUGAUUUCUGCUUUAAGAUCAAACCCCUCACACCUGAGAGAAAUAAAUCUGUCUAGGAAUAACCUCAGAGACUCAGGAGUGAAGUGUCUCUCUGUUCUACUCGAGAAUCCUCACUGUAAACUGGGGACACUGAGGUUGCGUGGUUGUGAGAUCUCAGAUGAAGGCUGUGCUGCUCUGACUUCAGCUCUGAGAUCAAACCCCUCACACCUGAGAGAGCUGGAUCUGUCUGGGAAUAAACUCAGAGACUCAGGAGUGAAGUGUCUCUCUGCUGUACUGGAGAAUCCUCACUGUAAACUGGAGACAUUGGGGUUUUGUGGUUGUGAUAUCUCAGAUGAAGGCUGUGCUGCUCUGACUUCAGCUCUGAGAUCAAACCCCUCACACCUGAGAGAACUGAAUCUGCUUAAUAAUAAACUCACGGAUUCAGCAAAGAUACUUCUCCUUAAAUUUAAAGAUGAUAAACAUCUGCAGGACUUAAGAGUGGAAAGAAUUUUCAUCUGAUGCAGAAUCCAAUGCAGAGAUUUUUAUUAAAUGCGCUCCAUUCAUACAAGCUUUUCCUUGGCAUGAUUUUCCCUACAAUGGAGAACAAGGAAUAUUUUGAUCAUAUUGUAGAUAUGUGUACAGUUUUAGUGUAAUUCUUCAUUAAAAUUAAUAAAUUGCUAUUAAUAUGGCUG